GCAUGUUGAGCAGGGAAGGUUUCUGUUCUUCUUCUUUCUGUACCGUCAUGUCUCCUACCAGCCUUGUGAUUUUACUUCUGAGUGCACCCAUCAUGGGCCAGAUACCACUGCAUGCCCCUGUUGGAGGCUCCGUCCUGAUUCCAUGUUCCCUACCACUUAAAUCAUCUGAGAGUCUCAUAUGGUUUUACUGGCAGGAGGACCAUUCUCACAACGUUUUAUUCCACUGGGACUUUAGUGGGAAAACACAAGUAAUAGCUGAUAAAUACAGGGACAGGUGUGAAGCCUUCAACACUGAGUUUAGUUCUGGAAACAUUUCCAUUAGACUUAACCAUGUUGUAGUUGGAGAUGACAAGAUAACAUUCUACGCCAAUGUUGGUCAGAUUGAAGGUACCAAACCAUGUGCACCAUGCUGUAAAUCCACAUUACAGGUUUCAGCUCCAUACCAAGAUCUAAACCUGACAGUUGAUGAGACAGCAAAGCGUGCAACCUGCAGGGCACGUGGAGGUUACCCUGAACCUCGAGUGUCAUGGACGGGUCAAAACAAAUCCGGCCCUGCACAGCUGCAGGGUGCUCUGACGGAAGUGCUGCAGGAUCCAACAGAGAAAACCUUCUCUGUCAAUAGCUCUGUCAGUGUGAAGGAUUUACAGUCUGUGACCUGCCUUAUCUACAACACUCACUCCAACCAGACCAUCAGGAAAACAGAAGAGAUCGGUGUGACUGGUGACCCCCAGCAGAGGCAACAUCUUUGUGUUAUUGCAACAGUUGUAGCUGCACUCGUUGCACUCGUUGCCCUGUGGUGGCGGUCCACAAAAUAUCAAAAUUCUAACCAGAAUCGACAGCAGGCUGCUGAUGCUGAUGAUGCUGAUGAUGAGGAUGUUGCUGCUGCUGAUGCUGAUGAUGAGGAUGUUGCUGCUGCUGAUGCUGAUGAUGAGGAUGAGGAUGUUGCUGCUGCAGAUGCUGAUGAUGAGGAUGUUGCUGAUGAGGAUGUUGCUGCUGCUGAUGAUGAGGAUGUUGCUGAUGAGGAUGUUGCUGAUGAGGAUCUCCACCGUCAGCACUAUUAG